AUGGGUGGUAUCGGAUGGUGGUCGGGGUUCGUGAGCGAAAUGUUUGGGAGUUUUUGUUUGAGAAAUAAUGUGCAACAUAUGCUGGCACCACCGUAUCACCCUAGUUCUAACGGAGAUGCAGAAAGAUUGGUGGCUAUUGUUAAGGGUUGGUUGAGAAAGGCCAAGGAAGGCAAAGAAGAAGUUUGGAUAGCUCAUUUGUAUUAUAAUAAUGGGGUAGGAAGGGAUGGUAAAUCUCCUUCGGAAAAAAUGUUGGGAAGGAAAACUAAUACUUUUUUAGAUAUGUUAAAACCUGUUUCGAGAAUGUUAGAAAUUGUGGAAUAUGAAUAUAUAUUUGAUCAAAUGGUCUGGGUUAGGAUGUAUCGGAGUAAUAAAAAAUGGGAAAAGGGGAUAAUUAUAGAAAAUUUAGGUAAUAAAUUGUGUAAAAUAAGAUUGAAAGAUAUGACGGAAGUGCGUUGCUAUAGAGAUCAGGACAUAAAUCCAUUGACAAAGUGGAGGAUCAAUGAAAUCAAUGAGAAUAGAUGGCAAUCAAAUGGACCACCUCGGAGAGUCAUGACGGCUGGACGUACGCUACCUAGAGGGACGUUCAUGAUGAUGUCUGGAGAAAUUGGGCAGCAAGUGGAUUCCCCGAUGAUUAAUGCAAGAAUGAUACAAAGGAGACCCGAAGUGAUGAGGUUGGGAAGUAAUAAUAUUCAAAAUUGUAAUGAUGGACAAGUGGGUGUUCAAACGAGUAAUAUGGUGUCAGAUAGGAGGACAGAGUAA